AUGUCGCUCGCCGCUUUCACGCAGUGUUCUCUCGCGGCGGUGGUGCGCAACCUCCGCAGCGCCCCAGGAGGAACAGAGGAGGAGGCGGUAGACAGGUACAUCGCGGACACGAAGAAUGAGGUGAACGUCGCCGAUCCGUUCGUGAAAAUGGUGGCGAUUCAGAAGGCGACUUAUUUUCACAUGCUUGGGUAUAGCUCGCAGUACGCUGACUUCCGCGUCGUGGAGAUGAUGGCGAGUUCCAUUUUUCUGCACAAGCGCAUUGCUUACCUGGCUGCCUGCCUCACCUUUACCGAGGACACGGACGUCAUUCCUCUCAUGACGGCGUCGCUGAAGCGCGAUUUGAGCAGUAGCAACCAAUUUGAGGUUGGCCUCGCCUUGUACUGCAUCGCAUCAAUCUGCACCCCUGACAUGGCGCACGACGUCGUGGCGGACGUUGUCAACCUGCUGGGUCACCCUCGUGCGUAUGUGCGCAAGAAGGCGACGCUCAGCCUCUACCGCGUCUUUCUAAGUUACCCCGAGUCGCUGCGCGUGACAUACGUCCGACUGAAGGAGAAGCUCGAAGACAACAACGAAAAGAUGGACACCGACCCCGCCGUACGCGGCGCCGUCGUGUGCGUGCUGUGCGAGUUGGCGCGGCGCAACCCAGCCAAUUUUCUAGGCUUGGCCGUCCCUUUCUACUCCCUUCUGUCCUCCGUGCACAGCAACUGGACACUGAUCAAGAUUGUGAAGGUGUUCGGCUACUUCGCGCCGCUCGAGCCGAGACUGGGGAAGAAGCUUGUGGAGCCCAUCACAAACCUGAUCAACACCACCGGCGCCAAGUCAGUGCAGUACGAGUGCCUCCUGGCCGUUGCGAAUGGAAUGAGCCAAGUGUCGUCGCUGAAAAAGUUGGCUGCGGAGAAGAUUCGUGGUUUUGUCGAGGACGCCGAUCCGAACUUGAAGUUCCUCGGGCUGGAGGCACUCUCCCUGCUGGUCGCCUCCUCUGAAAGCCGAAAGCUGCUCGCGGAUCAGAGGGAGGUGGUGCUGAGGUGCUUGGACGACCCAGACAGCACCAUCCGACUCAAGGCUUUGUACCUUUUGCGAGACCUGACCACGCGCAAGACGGUGAUCUCGCAUAUCAACGAAAUGCUUGACCGCUGCGUGCGCACGCCACCUGACGAGGAGUGGUCGAACGCCGUCAUUCGAACGAUCAUCGAAACGGCGCAGACGGACGAUUACGAGUGGAUCCAGGACUUUGAGUGGUACCUUAGUGUGUUGCUCGACCUGUGCGUGGUGGAGCUGACGGUGUACACCCACGGCGGCUUCAUGGAGCAGGAGCUGGUCUGUAUUUUGUCGCGCGUGAACGGUGUGCGGCGGGCCGGUGUGGAGGAGAUAGUCCCGCUGCUGACAAAUGUGCGCUUGCUCGGCGGCGACCGGCAGCACUCCACGCAGUGGCGCAUCCUCUGCGCCGCCGCCUUCAUCUGCGGCGAGUAUCCGCAUUGGCUUCCCGACAUUGCGGAGGCGUGCCGGGCUCUUCUCGCCGAGCCCAUCACACUGCUGCCCGCGGAGGUGCAGCUGGCUUGUGUGGCGGCGGUGGGAAAGAUUGCCGCGUACGUGUAUCAGCCGUGUGCUCGUCAUGUUCAGCUGUGCAACGGCGAAGAGGAGUGCCGCGCAGCCGAAGAGGGAGAGCAGCGGAUUGUCCCGUCGCUGGCGGAGCUCACACGCAGAGUGUUGUUGCCGGAAGCCGAGGAGGCCGCUGCGCGAGCUCAUCGUGGCCUACGACGCUUCUGUCAUAGCGCGUUUCCAAGUGUGCUGGAGCGCGCGCAUCUGGUCCAUUAUCAGGUGAUGGAGCAUCCCGAGGUAGGGCCAAAGCUGUACGAGGCAGUCCUCCCCCCCGUGGCUGCCGGGGCGCAGGAUGCGAUCGAGUUGCCAGAAGACGUGGAUCUGGAUGCCCCCUUCUGCGAGAACGUCGCGAUGCUCAUGGCGUUGAGCGGCAGUGACGAGGACGACGGCAGCGACGGUGGUGCGCUGGGUGGCUACGGUGGUCUCGGCGGUAGUGGGGAUGAUGAUUUGAAUGCUGAUUUCAACUUGGAAUACCGUAUCGAACAGCAGCGCCGCUCAGAGCUGGCGCGGCGGGAGGAGAUGGCCCCUUACUACCUGCGUGACUCGGCAGAUGCGAGCGUGGUCGCAUCCGAGGACUUUGGCGCCCCGUCGCGGCCGCUGCGCUCUGCGCAGCCAAUCUGCUGCGAUGGCGGCCUCGGCUCCCCUGCUGGCGCAGAAUCUCGACACCGCCAACACACGCGGUCCCGUUGUCCGCAGAAGGUCUUCAGCAUCAACCGCCAACUGUCUAAGCCGUCAGACUACGAGGAAAAGAAGGCGGCGCAGUGGCGCCGAUCAAACUCACCCGAGGAGGACGAGGCGACGCGCAAGCUGCGCGGUAUCGACGUUACUCGCGCCCUGCGCGCCGAUGAACGCCUGCCGGAGACACUGUCCUACGCCCAGCUCCUUCAGCAGCAGCAGCACAAGGGCAAGGGCGGCAACGAGUUAUACGCGGAUGCGAUGGUGGCGUCUCACGCCGUUGAGGCGGUCCCAGUCGCCCUGUACAAGGAGCGUCCACUGGGGUUGUACGUGACGGUGACAGGUUGCAAGGUGCGCAGGGACGGCUUCCACCUCAGCGGCACGGUGGAGUGUGUGAACGCCACGAGCAGCAGCGUUGUUCGCGACGUGCGCCUGACGGCCAUGCCGACGGCCGCAUUUGCCAUGGGGGACGUUACGCUGCGCCUCGAGGCGGUGAAGUCGGAUGUGGCCGAGGACGCGAGUGGCGGCGCUUCCGUGACAGUGGUCGAGAGGCUGAAGGGGUCGGCGACGGUGCGGGUGCCGAUUGUUGUGCGGCUGAGUCACCUGCCCUCGUCUCUUGCGGACGCGCCGCUGUCGCUGAACCUCAGCUGGACUGCAGAGCGCAAGCAUCACCAGGUAGCACUGACACUACCGCUAGAGUACGUCUACUUCUCGAAGCCGGUGAUGCCGGGCUCCGUGCUCACGUCUCACGAGUACCUCGAGGAUGUUGUCGGCAAGGCCCUCGCGGCAGCCCCGAUCGCCACGGCCUUUGUGCCAUGCAACAAGACAGCGAUUAUGACUGGAGUUAUGGCUGCCAUGCCACAGCUGCGCCUGUCCCCGAUUGAUGUGUUCAAGGAUGCGCUCUCCAUGUACGGCCUCCUGCACGGCCGCAAGUCGGAGCUGGCACACACGCAUGUGGCGGUGCUCCUGCAGGAGCAGGAAGUGGACGGUUCCAAAGGGAUUCUGGUGACGGUGCGAUGUCACUAUCCUGUACUGAGCGAGGCCCUCAUUGUGAAGCUGGCGGAGCUGGUGGGUGUACACUAA